AUGGCAAGGAGGAAUCGGAGGAGGGAAGGAGGGAAGGAGGGAAGGAGGGAGGGAGGGAGGGAGGGAGGGAGAGAGAGAGAGAGAGAUGACCGUUGACUGGGAGGGUAAAAAUUUAAUGACACAAUCUAUGAGGGGUUCUCUUGGGGACAAAAACAGACGACUUCACGGAGGUAAAACGUCAGGGAAGCAGUCAAAUGACGAGAGAGAGAGAGUUGACUAGGGACGGGAAAAAUUCGGCAAAAAGGAGGGUUUUUUUUGACAAGGAUGACGACUUCAGGGCGACGUAA